AUGGAGGGUGGACUUAGGAGGGCAGCUGUUAAUUUGUUCCUUUUAGCGAUUGUAUAUGUUUCGAAUAUAACCUGUCAAAAUGUGCAGCUCGAGGCAGAAUCAAGAGGAAGCCAGCUAGCUCAAAAUAUAGAUUUAAGUCGUGACCAAUCUCCCAAAGCGCAAUUAAUGAACACUCUUAUAUCUAUAGCCAAUGGGAAGAAAGAAAGGACGCCAGCAUCACAAAUGAAUACGAUUCAGGACACUCAACCAGCGGCUGUAAUGCCAAAUCAAAGAUCCAAUACAUUAAACGUCAUGUCUGUUUCACCUCCAACGAGUACAGUGCCAAAAGAAACUAUCGCUGUUAAUCCAAUGUUAACAACAACUUCGCUGCCUCAACCGGUCAUUUCUAAUUCCAUGAUGAUGCCAGCAUCUUUUCCAUCUUCUUAUCCUUCGCCAUAUAUUAAAUCCUACCAACCAGUUGUAUUGCCAUUGCCCACAUCAUAUAGCGCAAGACCUCCACAAGUUAUCCCUUUGGAAAACUAUGCUAAUAUGGUACAGUCAUAUCCAGCGAGUUAUCAGAUUCAACAACCUGCAAGCGUUCCGUCCGUCGUUUAUGCAGAACCGAUUAGUCCUAUGAAUCUUGAAAUAAAUCCAUCUGGUUCAUUAAAAGUUUUACCAACAAUAAAUACCGAUCCUAGUAAUUAUGAUAUCAUCAGUGGGUCUUAUAAUACACAGAACCCGGAGCCAGUGGUUAUGAUGAGUGAUCGUGAGGGUCUUCCCUUUAACGUACAAAUUAAUGUGCCCCCUCAGAACACAGCAACUCCACGAAUAACGCUUAUUUCUGCAGCUCCAACAAAUCCACCCUCAAAUCCUAAUCCCGUUUCUUCAAAUACAUACCCGCCUCCAAUGCCAAUAAUUAUGAGAAACUCUCGCUCUAGUUGGAAGAACAUUCUGCCUAUAAUACUGAUAGCGUUAUUCAACGAUCGGGAUGGUAACAGUAAUUGCUGCUGUCCCUGUAACUGCGGCUGUAACUCUGACAGCCCUACUCCUAUCCCAUACCCUAUACCGAUACCGGAGGAAGUUUCAAGCCAAGUGCUGUAUCCGGGUUAUGGCGGCGUGCCAGUGGCGUACGAUAACAAUGAUGACGACGACCUCGGCCUGCUUUUGACAGUGCUGCUUCUGGCUACCAGGAACAAGAACAACGAUAACUGCAACUGCUGCAGCUGCUGUAACUGCGGCAGUUCCAAGAGUAUACCAGUGCCGUAUCCAAUACCAUUCCCAACCAACAAUCCCGUCAUCAACAAUCAAGCAUACAGAGACAGUUAUGAUGAUUACGGCGACGAAGUUCAGUCGACUAAAUCUAAUAGUACAGAGAAAAAUACAACACGAACCGAUACAACAUACACGUAUACUCCUGUAGCUGUACCUAUAAAAGAUGACGAUCAAUAA